AUUCAAAAUAAGUUCAGGUAAACUAGUGGUUGGUUCCUUAAAAGUAACAGGUGAAUGAGCAGUUUUUUUGUGUUCUUUGUACCUAAAUCAUUAAUUUUUGAAAAAUGUGCUAGGAUAAAGUAUUAUAGAAAAAUUGAAGUGUAGUUUCUGUGUGAACUCUAUGCAUCAAGUUUAAGACAAUGAACAAUCCACUAUGGCACUAUAUAGGAUGCUGGAUUUUGCUGAUUUUGGUACCAGUAACCACAGGAACGUACCAAGUUGGAGUUGGUAGAGCCGAUAUGACUGGACCAUCGGCAGAAAUUACUUUGAUGGGCUAUGCUAAAUUGAAUCAAAAAGGUUGCGGUAUACAUUUAAGACAAUUUGCACGUGCUUUUAUUUUCGAUGAUGGUAAUACAAGGGUGCUGUUUGUUUCGCUCGAUGCUUGUAUGGUUUCUCAUGGACUUAGACACGCUGUAGUGGAAAGACUUCAGAAAAUUUACAACACCACCUACAACUAUGAGAACUUUGUUCUGAGUGGAACCCAUACUCAUGGAACCCCUGGUGGAUUUUUGAUGGACGUUCUGUAUGAUAUCACGCAAUUAGGAUUUUGUAAAGAAACUUUGGAUGCUUAUUCCAAGGGUAUAGUGAGGGCAAUUAAACGAGCUCACGAUAAUAUGGUAGAAGCCCGAGUAUUUAUGAGUACAGGUGAAGUGGAUGCAAACAUAAACCGUAGCCCGGCAUCUUAUGACUGUAAUCCAGAAGAGGAAAAGAAAAAAUAUGCCACAAAUACUGACAAAAUCUUAACACAACUGAAAAUUACCAGAGCUUCGGAUGAUCAAAUAAUAGGGGCGAUUAAUUGGUAUGCCGUACACGGCACGUCAAUGAACAAUUCGAAUUGUUUGGUGACUUCUGAUAAUGUAGGCUACGCUUCUCUUCUCUUGGAGUCUGAGUUCAAUAUCGAUAGCAUGCCUGGACAAGGCAGUUUCGUGGGUGCUUUCGCCUCGACAAACCUCGGUGACGUGUCGCCAAACACAAAAGGUCCAAAAUGUAUCAACACUGGGGAAGAUUGCGACUAUCAGACAAGUACAUGUGAUGGGGAAAACAAGUACUGUAUUGCUAGCGGCCCUGGGAAAGACAUGUACGAGAGUACUGAGAUUAUUGCUACAAGAAUUGCUAGCAAAUCAAUAGAACUCUUGAAUUCAAACUCCGCUGUUGAAGUAACCGGCCCAAUCAAAUUUGUACAUCAAUGGGUAAAUAUGCCAGAACAAUCGGUAGAAAUACAGUUAGAAAAUGGAACUACAGAAAUUGUUCAUGGUUGUCAUUCAGCAAUGGGCUAUGGUUUUGCGGCAGGUACAGUUGACGGACCUGGAGAAUUUGACUUCAAACAAGGUACAACCAGUGCCAAUCCUUUCUGGAAUUUGGUUAGAGAUUUUAUUUCUCCUCCAACUGCUGAAGAUAUCAAUUGUCAUUAUCCAAAACCAAUCCUGUUGAACACUGGAAGGAUCGUAAUUCCUUAUUCGUGGCAACCAAAAAUCGUCUCCAAUCAAAUUCUUUUACUGGGGAACUUUGCCAUUAUAGGUGUGCCAGGAGAACUCACUACAAUGUCCGGACGGAGACUUCGUGAUACAGUAAAAACCGCUAUUAUAUCUAGUGGUGGAGAUCCCAGCACUCAAGUGGUCUUGGCUGGAUUAAGUAACACUUACACAAGUUAUAUUGCUACUUUUGAGGAAUAUCAACUUCAACGAUAUGAAGGGGCCUCGACAAUUUUCGGCCCUCACACUUUGGAAAUCUACCAGAGCAACUACAAGAGCCUUGCUGAAUCUAUGAUAAAGCGUACAGCUGUAGAUGCUGGUCCUUCACCGCCUGAUCUAUCCAAACUAAACCUAUUGUCCCUCAUCACUCCAGUUUUCUUUGACAGCUCUGGAUGGUUCUGGAACUUUGGCGAUGUAACACAACAACCACCAGACACAGUAAAAAUUGGAGACACUGUAUCUGUUAAAUUCAUAGCAGGCCAUCCAAGGAACAACGUAAUGGCAGAGAAAACGUUUUUGACUGUCGAAAGGCAAGACGCUAAUGGCAAUUGGACAGUUGUAGCUACGGACGCUAGCUUCGAGACUAAGUUUAUCUGGAAAAGAACUAACUUAAUCAAGGGAGGCAGCGAAGCUGAAAUUCAAUGGAACAUCGUUGAUGGCAAAGUAAAUCCAGGCAUUCACAGAAUUCAACAUUUUGGAUACCGCAAGUACAUUCUUGGUGGAAUCUAUCCUUACAGUGGCACAAGUAAAAGUUUUGAGGUUACCUCAACGUAGUAAAAAUAAUUUUUAGAUUCAAGUAGGUAGUAGAAUAAUCCAACAAUUACAAAUCGUUUUCCUUAAAUAAUUCCACGCCACAGACGGCAAUAUAAUAAAAACUUUCGCUCUACCAAAACUUUCAGUCCUGCUAUCAAGUCAAGACCAGGAACCAGGAAGGACAUUCUGGAAGUUAUUGAAAAAGUUUGUUAUAAGAUUAGUUGGAACACUUUGCCAUAUUACUCAGAUUAGUUUUUAUACAGGAAAAUUAAUGACUGCUAUUUUAAGAAAAAUAUAAUGUAAAUAAAUCUUGCCAAAUAAAAUCGAUAUUUGAUAAACA